UCCCCGCCCAGCCCCGCCGAGCCCGGCCCGAGGAGGCGGCCCCGGCCCCAUGGAGUGCUACUACAUUGUCAUCAGCUCCGCGCAUCUCAGCAACGGCCACUUUCGCAACAUCAAGGGAGUUUUCCGCGGCCCCCUCAGCAAGAACGGGAACAAAACUCUGGAUUAUGCUGAAAAGAAACACACGAUAGCAAAAGCUCUGGAAGACCUCAAGGCCAACUUCUACUGUGAGCUCUGUGACAAGCAGUACUACAAACACCAGGAGUUUGACAACCACAUCAACUCCUAUGAUCAUGCUCACAAACAGAGGCUGAAGGAGCUGAAGCAGAGGGAGUUUGCUCGAAAUGUGGCAUCCAAGUCACGGAAAGAUGAAAGGAAACAGGAGAAAGCCCUUCAACGUCUGCACAAGCUGGCUGAGCUAAGGAAAGAGAGAACCUGCGCUCCUGGAAGCGGCCCCAUGUUCAAAUCCACCACGGUGACCGUGCGAGAUGACUGCAGGGAGGUCCCCAAGGCUGCUGCCACCGACCCUGCCCAGAGCCAGGAUUUCAGCUGCUGGCCAGUGCCCCAAGCACAGAACUGCAGGGACAUCGCUUCUGUGACUCCUCCGGCCCCUGGAGACGCAGGCAGUCACCAGUGUGACCCCAGCAAGGGCAGGGAUCAGCUCCAGGGAGCUCAGGGACACCGGGUUGGCUUCUCCUUCGCUUUUCCUAAGAAAGCAGCAGUCAAACUGGAGUCUUCAGCUGCUGUUUUCUAUGAGUUCAACGAGGAGGCCUCGGUGGAGCAGGGGUUCAGCAGGAGGAGCAGGUUUGUUCCGGGAACGUGCAGCCUCCAGCCUCCUGCAGCAGCAGAAACAGUGGCGUGCCCUGAGGAGAAGCAGUGCUGCUCUCACCCACUGCUGCAGAAAUGCAUGGACACGGCAGAGGCUCCUGCAGCAGCUCAGGAGUCCAGGGAGCUGCCCAGCGAGGGGAGCAGGGGGCUGGGGAGCCCAGCUGUGCCCCCUGCCAUGCCCCUCUCGAGGCAGCUGGUGUCCCCAGACACGGGUGGCCACGGUGGGGCCGAGAGCGGGGCACAGUCGGGGGAGCCAGGGCUGGCCCUGGCUGCAGACAGCGCCCAGGACCUGGCCCUGUCCCCAGAGCUGCAGGCAGGCAGAGCUCCUGAGCAGGAACUGGUGGGCGAGUGCUCCUCUCGGCAUGAGGCUGCAGGGGAAAACUGUGACCAUGGGGACAGGGAGCCACCUGCACCUGAGAGGGAAAUAAAACAUCUCGGGGCUGAGGCAGCACUUCCAUCACCGUCUGCAGAAGGCAGCGCAGCCCCAAAGAGCAAAGCAGACGUGUACAAGAGACCCUGCCAGCCCUUUGUUCCUGUGCUCAGCAAAUAUGGAUCAAAUGUUCUCCAGUGGCCAUCAGAAAUGUUGAUUUACACAAGUACAGGCCCAUCGAUUUCUUAUAGCUGUAAUCCUUUAUAUUUUGAUUUCAAGUCAUCGAGAGCAAGUGAAAGCCAAGAAAAGCCCAAGCAUCAACCUAACAUACCUCAUUUGCACCAUAAAACUGAACCUGAUCAUAUCCUAGUCUCAGAUUUUACAAAAGGACCGACUUCAGAGUGUGGUGAUUAUGAAGUAGAAGUGAAUAGAAAUGUGUGCAACUAUACAAUACCCCUGUUAAGUGAUGUUUCCCUCUUCAGAAAUUGUGACCUUGCAAAAAAUCAAAACAAAGUGUCCUUGGAUGAGUCAUUCAGGAUUAGAAAAAUAGAAAAGUAUCACAUAUCUCAUAACCCCUUACGACAAAGCACUGUGAUAGAUGAGAAAUACAACAAAGUCUGGAUCAAAGAAAGCCAUAAAAAAUGGCUUCACAAAAGCAGAAAACGGAAAAGGAGAAGAAAAUUGUGUCAUUGUCAUUAUCAUCACUGUGGAGACGCAACAGUAGCAGACAUGGAGAUGUCUCCAGUAACUGAACAAGAAGUUACUUACAGAGAUGAAAAUAAAUAUGCAGAGAAGUGCAGGCAUGAUGCAGGAAAUAUCUGGUUAACUGCAGGCGAGGUGCAGCAGCCACAGCCAAAACUCAGCAUUGAAAACGGCCCUAGGAGAGGGGUGUGUGCCCCAGAUCACACGCCCUGGGACAGAGGCUGGUGUGACUUUUGGGGUGCAAAGAGCAGUGCCCAGCACCGUGGCUGCAAGGGGGCACACAGGAAGGGCAGGGGCAGCGCCCGGCGGCUGGCCAGGCAGCUGAGCUGCAGGAGGCACAGCCUGAGGCACUCCAGAACCUGCUGCAGCUGGAGAGGCAGGAGGCCAAGCUGCAGCCCUGAGCAUAAAUGGUUGGGGCAGUGCAGUGAGGAGAAGGGGCCGAGCCAAAACCAGCCCACCAAGAGGGGUUACAGCGUCCUGAGAGAAGAACCUGAGAAGCCCCACCGCAAGCGGAGGCAGCACACCUACUCCUCUUCCUCCUCCUCCUCCUCCUCCUCGGAGAGCUCCUGUGGGCAGGCACUGUCAGCAGAGGAAUGUCUACGGCAAGGACACGCUCCAGGUGCCCAUCACAAGGCCAAAGGGAAACGCAGGAAAAGGAAGGCCAGGAUCCAUCGUGUUUUCCUUGACAGGAAUGCAAAAAGUGAGGCCUCUGAAUCUUCCAAAGAAAAUUCUGCCGAUUCUACGUUGAAUAUUUUGGGGGGCUUACCGACUCAAGACAAUCUCGAGGAAGCUAAUGCAGCUCCCAGAGACGAUGAUACAAAAGACAGGGAUGAAACAAUGGAGCUGGAGGAGAGCAAGGCACCGCUAGAAAGUGCUGGCCCGCAGGUGGUGGAAGGUGAUAAAGGGACGGCGUGCUCGGCCGUGGAGAGCGGGCUGGCCGCGCUCCCUGAUGGUACCAGCACAACUGGUUCCACGCUCCCUGAUGGUACCAGCACAGCUCCUGCUGCUCCGGCCGCCCCGCAGCUCGACGCUGUCCAACAGGGAAAGAAAAAGGAGAACGUCAGCGGUCGCGACAGCCAAGCUCGUUACAAAGUUCCCGUCCCCAACAGGCACGUGGAACAAGCUCCCCCCAAAUCCUACCUUUGCCACUACGAGCUGGCCGAGUCUCUAGCGCAGGAGAAGAUGGGCGAGGUGGCCGGGGAAUGGCUGCAGUGCAGUCCCGGCAUAUUUAGCAGCCCCCCGCCCUUGCCAUUCAAAGAAGCACACGUAAACACUCACACCUUCCUCACCACCGAGCAGCUGAUAGCCCCCUUCCCCCUGCCCGAGCAGACCCUGCUCUUCCCUGCCGACAGCCCCGAGAAGUUCAAGGAGCUCCCCUCGGAGGGCUUUCCUCAGCAGAUGGUGCCGCAGGCCGUGCUCUCCGGCAAGGUGAAGCUGGCGCUGGCCCCGCCGCUGCCGCUGCCGCCGCUGCGCUCCGCCUCGGUGACCACCAUCCAGCAGACCGUGCUGCAGCAGCACGCCGCGGCGCUCAAGGUGCUGCAGCCGCCGCAGCAGUUCGUGUCGCAGGUGCCGGCGCUGUCCCGGGCGCAGCCCCUGGCGCAGCUGGCCGUGUCCCCGCGGCUGUGCCCGGCCGGUCCCGGCGCGCUGCUGGCGCCGCCGCCGCUGCCGCUGCUGCCGCCCGCCGUGCUGCCGCCCGCGCCGCUGCCCUUCCCGCCGCUGCCGCACGCCGUCUUCCCGUCCCUGCUGGCCCCGCACCCCGCCGUCAUCCCCCUGCAGCCGCUCUUCUAGGACGCCAAGAAUAAAAAAAGCCUUCGCCCAAACUGCUGUUUCUACAGCCCCCCCUUCCCCCCAGUUUUAACUAAACUGGUUAGAAUUCCGUGCUCCUCGGAAGCAUUUACUGUAAGUAUAAUGAUGCAAGAAACAUUCAGACCUACACUAUUACUGAAGCACUGAAUAGUCUGAUAUUAAUUAUGAACUAUAUAAUAUAUAUAUAUAUGUGAAAAUCAUGUCUUAGAAUAUGUAUAAUGUAUAUAAAAUAUAUUUAUAGUUCUAUACCUUAUGUUGUAAAGUAUUCACUUUUUCGUUUUUUAUCUUUGUGUAUUUGCACCUAUUUAAUGUUUAGACAAAGCUGAUGCACUAUGUUUUGUACUAUGUUC